AUGUCACUCUAAGAAUAUUCAGCCUAUGGAUAUGGCUUCUGGUUCUAAUUUUUAUGCACGCAUCAUAUAUUUUAAGAUGACUUAAACGCAUACCCUAAAUUUGAAGGGUUUCUAAUAUUAAGGGAGAUAAACCCUGAUACUUCCAAAUAUAGGGUGUUUUUUUAUUAAGAUUGGACAAAUAAUAAUACUAAUUAGGAAAAAUAUUUAUAUUUAUGA